GGUGUUGUUUUGCGGCGUGAUGGCUUUCGGAACAUCGUGCGUUUGAACUCGACUGUUACCGCCGUGCCUGCGACCUACACCGAGACGCGUCUUUACAUCAACGAACUCCCGCGCUUCACGCGCAUGUACGAGCUUCCUGGCUGCAACACGGUCGGAUCGGCUGCUAUUACCGGCCUCAAACUCGUGUAUCACCGCACGCUGUUGUCCCCAGGAGUGCGGUGCCUGCUUGUGCUGGUGGACGAAGACGAAAUAGCGGGCUUAGGCGUUACGACAACGACUACACCGGAUCCACGCGUUACUUACGGCUUUCUGGACGGCAACGUGCACAGAACAGUUGGGCUCGGCGUGAAAACUGACAACGAGACUUUUGUGGCACCCACAGCUGAGCUUAUCAGCAACGCAAACGGCACAACCACUUACCGCGACAUCGAGCCCGCCGCUCAAAAACUUCUGGCGCCGUCAGUCAAGCUGGAAAAGCACUCGCACGAAGGAGGACUUGACGACGCCAACCAGGGCAUCCAGGGCCUCGUUUUACGGUACUCGGUACUGGACAGCACGUUGCAGGAACAUUCGCCUCCGGCCACAAUUCGUUUCUCGAUUCCGCCACGCGAGCUCGCCUUCACGUCCCCGCGCUACGACUGGGGUCCUGGAGUUGAGGGCUUCAAACGCUGCGAGCCUUGGGACAUUGGGAAAACGACGUUUGCAGCUGCCGUGGGCUUUGAUUCGGUGGAGCGCUGUAAAGCUGAGUGUGACAACUACUCGUUGCAGAAUCCACGAACCAAGUACGACUACAAUCCGGCGGGAGACGCCAGCGCGAAUCUUGCACUUUCGACACCAGCCUGCGUUGCAAUAACAUACUACGCAGCGCAGAAUCCGUUCAAAGAGGCAGAGCAACCGUUGGAUCUCACAGCCUUUCGGAAUGGCAGUGUCGUUGUCAGCGAGGCAGGUUUUGAUCUCCAGCCGCCUUUUGUCAUAG